ACCAGCCUGCGCACUGGGUUUCCGGGGUAAAGGUCAGUCUGCAAGGGGACCUGCAGCAGGAAGGGGAGGCCCAGGACCACCAUCACUGCCUCGGGGUGAACGGCGAGGGCUCCGGGCGGCAUGGCCCUCUCGUGGCUCCUGUGCGCGUGGCUGCUGGUGGCAGGGACUCGAGGUGUGCAAGAUGGUGACAUGCGGCUGGCCGAUGGGGACGCCGCCAACAAGGGCCGCGUGGAGAUCUUCUAUGGAGGCCAGUGGGGGACAGUGUGUGACAACCUGUGGGACCUGACGGACGCCAGCGUCGUCUGCCGAGCCCUUGGGUUUGAGAACGCCACCGAGGCUGUGGGCGGAGCUGCCUUUGGGCCAGGAACGGGCCCUGUCAUGUUGGACGAAGUGCAGUGCACAGGGACAGAGCCCUCGCUGGCCAACUGCUCGUCCCUGGGCUGGCUGAAGAGCAGGUGUGGGCACAGACAGGACGCCGGCGUCAUCUGCAGCAAUGAAACCAGAGGCACCCACACCCUCGACCUGUCCAGCGAGCUCCCCGAGGCUCUGGAGCAGAUCUUUGCCAGCCAGCAGGGCUGUGACCUGUCCAUCAAGGUGAAGACCAAGGGUGCCGAGCAGCUGGGCAUGUGCGCUCACAGGCUGAUCCUGUCCAGCAACCCCGAGGCCCAGGCCCUGUGGAGGGAGCCGGGCAGCACGGUCACCAUGGAGGUGGACGCCGAGUGCCUGCCUGUCGUCAGAGACCUCAUCCGGUACUUCUAUUCCCGAAGGAUAGACGUCUCCCUGGCCACCGUGAAGUGUUUCCACAAGCUGGCCUCUGCCCUCGGGGCCCAGCAGCUGCAGAGCUACUGUGCCGGCCUCUUCGCCGUCCUCCUGCCCCAGGACCUCUCUUUCCAGACCACCCUGGACCUCUACGCCUACGCUCUGGCCACCCGCGACCCCGUGCUGCAGGAGCUCUGCGUGCAGUUCCUGGCCUGGAACUUCGAGGCCCUGAUGGAGACCGAGGCCUGGCUGCGUGUCCCCACGGCCCUGCUCCGCGUCCUGCUCUCCAGGAGCGAGCUGGCGGUGCCCAGCGAGCUGGCCUUGCUGAUGUCCCUGGACGCCUGGAGCCAGGAGAGGGGAGCCACCAGCGAGGCCGUGGAGGAGCUGCUAGGGGAGGUCCGCUUCCCCAUGAUCCUGCCCGAGGGCCUCUUCCAGCUGCAGUUCAACCUGAGCCUGUACUGGAGCCACCAGGAGCUCUUGCAGGAGAAGAUACUGCAGGCCCUGGAGUUCCACACCGUGCCCCUCCGGCUGCUGGCCCGGUACCGGGGCCUGAACCUCACCCAGGACACCUACCUGCCCCGGCUUUACACCUCGCCCACCUGGAGCGUGUCCCUGACCAGGGGCUCCAGGGCUUCCUACCGCUACGUCUCGAAGUCUUACUCCUACCGCUACGGGUAUGACCCCUACCAGUCCUUCCAGACCCCGCCACACCCCAGCUUCCUCUUCCGGGCCAGCCGCGUCUCCUGGUCGUCCGUGUACCUCUCCACCGUCCAGAGCUGCCGGAACUACGGCUUCUCGUGCUCCUCUGACGAGGUCCCCCUCCUGGGCCUCUCCAAGUCCGGCUUCUCGGACCCCACCAUCGGCUAUGAAAACAAAGCCCUGAUGCUCUGUGGGGGGCGCUUCGUGGCCGACGUCACCGAUUUCGAGAACAAGAAGGCCAUGAUCCCCAGCGCCCUGGACACCAACAGCUCCAGGGCGGCGUCCUUCUUCCCCUGCCCGGCGGGGGCCUUCAGCAGCUUCCGCGUGGUCGUCCGCCCCUUCUACCUGACCAACUCCUCGGGCGUGGACUAGGCAGCAGGCGGCCGGCCCCAGCGGCGCCUCCCUGAGCAGAGCCCGGCUCCUCUCCGCAGCCGGCCUCCGGGUGUCCCCCUGCCUCCACAGAUCCCUCGGAGCUUAAAGAAGUUACUGGAAGGUUCAGCCAGUGCUCACCCCGAGAAUCCCCAGUCCUCCCGCCGCCUGGCUGGCUUGUCAGGAAGCAAGGAGACGGAGCCUGGUGGCUCCUGGACCUUCCACACCCCUUUCGCUUGCUCGGUCCUCCAUUACCCUCGUCUUAGACCAUUAAACCUGCCUGGUGGUCCCCAGGUUCUGUCGGUCAC